UCACUUUAUAGAGAGGACACCACGGUAGUCUAGGUGAGUCUACGGAACGCAGAACACUUGAUAGCAAGAAAUAAAUAAUUAAAGAAAGAAAGGCGGAUUAUAGUCAUUGUUUUGAAACCCAGAGGCCGAAGAAUUGUGGAUUACCGGUCAACGCGCGAGGUCGUCUCUUCGAACCGGAGCGAUGUCUGUCGCGGGGCUGAAAAAGCAGUUCCACAAAGCCACUCAGAAAGUAAGUGAGAAGGUUGGAGGAGCAGAAGGAACCAAACUUGAUGAUGACUUCCUUCAGAUGGAAAAGAAGGUGGACACCACCGGUAGGGCAGUGCUAGACAUCAUGACCAAAACUACAGAAUACCUACAGCCCAACCCAGCAUCCAGGGCUAAACUGAGUCUGAUAGGGACCAUGUCUAAGAUCAGAGGACAGGAGAAGGGACCGGGUUACCCCCAGGCUGAGACUGUACUGGGUGAGGCCAUGCAGCGCUUCGGACGAGAGCUGGGAGAGGAGUCAUGCUUUGGUCUGGCUCUCCUAGAUGCUGGGGAGGCCAUGGGUGAGCUGGGGGCGGUGAAGGAUGCCCUGGAUAUGGAGGUCAAACAGAACUUUAUUGAUCCACUGCAGAACCUACAGGAAAAAGACAUCAAAGAAAUACAGCACCACCUGAAGAAGAUGCAGGGACGCCGCCUGGACUUUGACUAUAAGAAGAAACGUCACGGUAAAGGAGUUCUGGAGGAGGAGAUCAGACAGGCGCUGGAGAAGUUUGAUGAGUCCAAAGAAGUGGCAGAGCAGAGCAUGUUCAACCUGCUGGAGAGUGAUAUUGAGCAGGUGAGUCAGCUAGCAGCGUUGGUCCAGGCCCAGGUGGAGUAUCACAGACAAGCCACAGAAAUACUACAGCAGCUCUCCAGUAAGCUGCACGAGAGGAUCAGGGAGGCGCAGGAUAAACCCAGGAAGGAGUAUGUUCCUAAACCCCGGAUGAUCCUGGAGCUGCUCCCCCCCAGCGAUAGCCACAAUGGGGGACUCAACACCACCAAGUCCCCAGGCCCGGCCUCGUCCCCAGGCCCCGCGCGCACCCCCGCUCCUAUGGACCAACCGUGCUGCCGGGCGUUGUAUGACUUUGUGCCGGAGAACGAGGGUGAGCUGGGCUUCAAAGAGGGCGAUAUCAUCACCCUAACCAAUCAGAUCGAUGAUAACUGGUACGAGGGAAUGGUCAACGGCCAAUCAGGUUUCUUCCCCAUCAACUACGUGGAUAUCCUGGUUCCACUUCCUCAUUAGGCCACCCACCCCCACCCAAUCUUCACCCCACUCCCUGCCGGGGGCCCCAGCCUCUGCCCAGCCUCUGCCCAGCC